CCAACUUUCCGUCUCCUCCGUCUCUCAAUUUUUUCUCUUCAAUGGCGACGGCGACUCCUACUCCAACUAAAACCCCAGUAGACAAAUCUAGAGGAUCUCACUCUCACCACCAAGAAGAUGAUUCUUCCUCAUCUCGGUCCCGUUUCGAAGCCUACAAUCGCCUCCAAGCCAUGGCAGUGGCCUUCGGAGAGAAGCUGCCGAUCCCGGAAAUCGUAGCCCUCGGCGGUCAAUCUGAUGGCAAAAGCUCUCUCCUUGAAGCUUUGCUUGGAUUCCGUUUCAAUGUGCGUGAAGUUGAAAUGGGUACUCGUCGACCUCUCAUUUUACAGAUGGUUCAUGACCCUUCUGCACUUGAGCCUCGUUGUCGCUUUCAGGAAGAAGAUUCUGAAGAAUAUGGAAGUCCAGUUGUUUCAGCAUCAACAAUUGCGGAUGUCAUAAAAUCAAGAACCGAGGCACUUCUGAAAAAGACUAAAACUUCUGUUUCUCCUAAGCCAAUUGUAAUGAGAGCUGAAUUUGCACACUGUCCUAACCUCACCAUCAUUGAUACCCCAGGAUUUGUUCUGAAGGCGAAGAAGGGAGAACCAGAGAAUACUCCACAGGAGAUCCUAUCCAUGGUGAAGUCAUUAGCUAGUCCUCCCCAUCGUAUUCUGUUGUUCCUUCAGCAGAGUAGUGUGGAAUGGUGCUCAUCAUUAUGGUUGGACUCAAUUAGGGAAAUUGAUCCAACCUUUAGAAGGACAGUAAUUGUGGUCUCCAAGUUUGAUAACAGACUUAAGGAGUUUAGUGACAGAUGGGAAGUGGAUCGUUAUUUGAGUGCAAGUGGUUAUCUUGGAGAAACUACUCGGCCAUUUUUUGUAGCAUUGCCGAAGGAUAGGAGCACUGUUUCAAAUGAUGAAUUCCGUAGACAAAUAUCCCAAGUGGAUUCUGAAGUUUUAGGUUAUCUGCAUGAUGGGAUCAAGGGAGGUUACGAUGAAGAAAAGUUCAAACCUUAUAUUGGUUUUUGUUCACUAAGGGAGUAUUUAGAAUCAGAACUUCAAAAGAGAUACAAAGAAGCUGCUCCAGCGACACUGGCAUUGCUUGAACAACGUUGCAGUGAAGUCAACAUUGAGUUGGAGAGAUUGGACUCCAAAAUACAAGCAACUUCUGAUGUUUCUCAUCUUCGAAAAUCAGCCAUGAUGCAUGCAGCUUCUAUCAGCAAUCAUGUGGGAGUUUUGAUUGAUGGAGCAGCUGAUCCUGCCCCAGAGCAGUGGGGGAAAACAACAGAGGAGGAAAGAUCAGAGAGUGGGAUAGGGAGUUGGCCAGGUGUCACCGUUGAUAUAAAACCUGCUAAUGCUAUUCUUCGUCUUUAUGGUGGAGCUGCUUUUGAAAGGGUAAUGCAUGAAUUCCGCUGCGCUGCAUAUUCCAUUGAAUGUCCCCCAGUUUCAAGAGAGAAGGUGGCGAAUAUCUUACUUGCACAUGCUGGUCGUGGUGGGGGCAGAGGAGUAGCAGAGGCUGCUGCAGAAAUUGCACGUACUGCUGCUCGUUCAUGGCUUGCUCCUCUCCUUGACACGGCUUGUGAUCGGCUUGCUUUUGUUUUAGGCAAUCUUUUUGACAUUGCUAUAGAGAGGAACCGCAGCCGGGAAUCAGAAUAUGGUAGGAAAACUGGAGACAUGGAAGGCUAUGUUGGGUUUCAUGCAGCUUUAAGACAUGCAUACAAUAGCAUUAUAAAGGAUUUGGCUAAACAGUGCAAGCAGCUAGUUAGACACCAUCUUGAUUCAGUUACAAGCCCAUAUUCUCAGGUUUUUUAUGAGAAUGACUUUCAUGGAAGCUUUGGCUCAAGUGCAAACUCAUAUUUCAGACAUAACCAAGCAUCCGCUGGUUCAAUUUGGUUCGAGCUAUCAGACUGUGGGCAAGUAUCGCAUGAUGAGAGGAUGAGGGAUCAGGAGAACAUACCUCCUGAAAACAAUGCACGGCAAAAAACUCCUGGGAAAGGCAUGGAAGCUCGAGAUGUGCACCGGGAAAGCCAAAUGACUGUGCCCGAGACCCCAUCUCCUGACCAGCCCUGUGAUGGAGUAAAAGUUGAUGUUGGACCAAGAAAACGUAUUGCAAGAAUAGGCAAUAGAAAUCCUGAACAAUUGAUGAAAGUUCAUAAUGGCGGUAGUCUUUUAUUUGGUAAUGGAGAUUGUGGUUCAAGAUCAGCUUACACAGAAAUCUGCUCAUUAGCAGCACAACAUUUUGCACGGAUACGUGAAGUUCUUGUCGAGCGCAGUGUGACAUCAACUCUUAACUCUGGAUUUUUGACCCCAUGCCGAGAUAGGCUUGUGGUGGAACUUGGGUUGGAUCUGUUUGCUGUAAAUGAUGAGAAAUUCAUGGACAUGUUUGUUUCUCCUGCCGCCAUUGAAGUACUGCAACACAAACGACAAUCCCUUCAAAAUCGCCAAAAGGUACUUCAAUCUUGCUUAACUGAAUUCAAAAAUAUUGCUCGAUCACUCUGAAUAAAACAUAAGAUCUUGGAUCUUUCAAUCUUUAAGUAAUGUUCCAAGCACAAGGGUUUCACAUCUAGUGAAAAAAAGAACAAUCAUUCUUGUAUCUUGUUUAAUGAUGUUUGAUAAUGUAUGAUGUAUUCACCAGUUUUUUUUUUUUUUGUGGUGUUCAUGAGCGUUGCUUUUAUAAUAGUGACUUUGGUAAUUAGAUUAUGAAACAAAUAGCUACUGUUAUUGUAUAUGGCUUGUGGUUGUUGUGGCAAUCAAAUAGAGUUCUCUUUAAUUA